GAGAACUCACGUGAGAACAGGUGUGACUGAGUGUCUUUAAGUCUUCAUCGUGCUGAUGAUGAAAGCAGGUUCCCUCUGCUCUGCGGCUCCAUCAUGGAGCUCAUUUGAAUCUUUUCUUUUGGUAUUCAUCCUUUUAUUUCCAUUCACAUGUUUGGUGAUCAUGAGAGAUUGUUGCAGUUCUUCCACGUGUGGAUACUGACGUGAGCUGACGUCGUCAUAUUUUUGGAUUGGGUAGCCUAGAAACGGACGGAAAUAAUAAAGACAUUUUUAUAGUACUUUAGUAUUUUGAAAUCUUGGCUGCGGUGUUUGUGAGCGGCAGAUUCGGGGAGGCGUGUCCCGAGCGAAAGGUGUCGCCCUCUGAUUGGCUGUUUAUUAACGUGGCCAAAGUCAAACUGCUUUAGUUUGUUUGAGUUUUCAGUUUCUGUAACUCCGCGGCUGUUUUGUUUUGAUCUCGCUGUAUCCAGAUCUCGCGAGAGCACUAGCCCUCCCGUCGUUCGCCAUUAUAGCUAAGAGAAGCGUCCCCCGGACGAGCACCGGAGAGGCUCCGUUACCCGGAUACAGACACGUUUUGCUCGCUGACACCCGCCGAGCCACUCUGCAUCCAGGUGCGCAGGUAGCAAGAUGGCAGAUGACCUGGACAUCGAGGCGAUGCUGGAGGCGCCAUACAAGAAGACUUGCCUAACGAUUUCUCACCUCUGCUCCCCUGAAAGCCACUGUGAUCUGUCUCACUCAGAAGGUAGUAAAAGUCCCCAUCAUGCAUUGCUGUACUCUGGUGCCCAUGGUAACAUGACUGUAGUUCCCUUGGUUACACUGUCACCUGCUUCUGGUCCGACCCCCUCAUCCCUCCCCCCUCCACUGGUGAGGUACCAGCAGUUCCUGGAAAACCCUAAACCCGAGCGAGUAGAGAAGGAGGACGCCAAAAUCUCGAGCCCCAACGGACAGGACGAGCGCUCCAAGAGGCGGCGGCGGUCGAGGAGUAAGAGUCCCGUCAAGAAGGAGAAGAGUCCAAUCAGGCAGCCCAUCGAUAACCUGACGCCCGAGGAGCGAGACGCCCGUACGGUGUUCUGCAUGCAGCUCGCCGCCCGCAUCCGCCCCCGAGACCUGGAGGAGUUCUUCUCUGCGGUGGGGAAGGUUCGGGACGUCAGGAUGAUCUCAGACAGGAACUCCCGCAGGUCAAAGGGCAUCGCCUACAUCGAGUUCGUGGAGGCAAGUUCAGUUCCUCUGGCCAUCGGGCUGACGGGACAAAGGCUGCUGGGAGUUCCCAUCAUUGUACAGGCCUCACAGUCUGAUGCCGUGUUUGUGUCUCAGAUUGAGAGCAUCCAGUUGAUGAUGGACAGCGAGACGGGGCGCUCCAAAGGAUACGGCUUUAUCACCUUUGCAGAUGCAGAGUGCGCCAAGAACGCUCUGGAGCAGCUGAACGGCUUCGAGUUAGCCGGGAGACCCAUGAAAGUGGGUCACGUGACCGAGCGGACCGACGUCUCCGUGGCGUCGUCCCUCCUUGACAGCGAUGAGCUGGAACACACCGGCAUCGACCUGGGAACCACCGGGAGGCUGCAGCUCAUGGCCCGCCUGGCUGAGGGUACUGGUCUGCAGAUGCCUCCUGCUGCUCAGCAGGCUCUGCAGAUGAGUGGGGCUAUUGCCAUCGGAGCCAUGGCUGCAGUGACAGCGGCCAUGAACCCGACUCUCAACAUGAACAUGAACUCUCCUGCUCUGAACCUCCCGUCUCAGCCGCUGGCGACGCACUGCUUCCAGCUGUCCAACAUGUUUAACCCCAGCAGUGAGGAGGCUCCUGGGUGGGAGCUGGACAUCCAGCAUGACGUCAUAGAGGAGUGUAACAAACAUGGCGGCAUUGUUCACAUUUACGUUGACAAAAACUCCACUGAGGGAAACGUCUAUGUCAAGUGUCCUUCGAUCCCAGCCGCCAUGGCUGCCGUCAACGCCCUGCAUGGGAGAUUCUUUGCUGGUAAAAUGAUCACCGCGGCGUACGUGCCCCUGCCCACCUACCACAACCUGUUCCCGGAGUGUGUCACUGCGACGCAGCUGCUGGCCCCACCCCCACGCCGGUGACUCGUUGUCAAUGCUGCCCUCUGAUUGGACACUGUAAUUCAGAGCCCCGCCCUGUCCUGCUGGUCGUCACACAUGCUCAGUGUGGUUCCCGAGGUCAGAGGUCGGCAGCCGUUUGUUUGAUACAAACAUGUUGCCCGGUCUCGAUUGGCUGGUUCCCCACGCCACCGUUUCUUCCCGUUGUAGAGUCUCUGUGCGGCCACACCCCCAAGUAUCGUCCAGUGAUUGAGCUCUGUGAGCUGCGAGGGUGUGGCCUGAUGACAUGAUUGGUUUGCAGUUUAAAUGUUUUUGUAAACGAGUUUCAUUUUGUAAAAAUUGUUGAUUAAAUUUUAUUUUCUGUCA